AUUACUACAUGAUAUUUAUUUUGUUUGACUUUAAAGUAUUUUCUUUCAGAUUAGAUGGUAUACCUUAUUGUAAGAGGGAAUGAUGUAUAAACAAAUAUUUGAUAUAAAUCACUUUUUGUGUUAAUGCUGCAAUUUUUAUAUUUUAAUUUAGAAACAAAAUUUGAAAUUGAGAUCAGUUGGUAGUGUUUCCAUGGAGGCAAAUAACCUGGAAACACAUUGUCUUGUUUGCAAUGUGACACUCAAGUCGAACGUUGCUGACACUUUCGACAUUUUCAAAACGCUGAUAGCUGCAGAAGGCAGUUUCCCCGAGCUGACGAUAGUGGAAAAAAUACAGCAGCUGCUGGAUAGACCCUCAACCAACAUAAUUGUCCACAGUGAUACAGUCUGCCAGCGAUGCUUCGGCAUGCUAGCCGAGUUGCACAGCACAGAGGUAAAACUAAAUGCCCUACGCUCGGACUUGGUGUCCAAAUACAAUCAAACCGUCGUUCUGUAUGAACAUGAGCAAGGAGGAAAGAGAGGUCAAGGUGUCAAGGGUGCUACGGACGAAGGACACAGACUGGUGAUAACGGAGGAAGGCAAAGUGGUGGACAGGAACGGCAUCGAGAAGUUCCCGAUCAGCAAGAAGACGAGGCGGAAAGGUCUGGCCGGGGGCAAGAAGUAUGCCUGCUCGGUGUGUGGGAAGAGCUUCAAUGCGUUCAGCCAUCGCGUCGAGCACAUGCUCAUACACCUGGGUGAGAAGCCUUGGGCGUGCCCCGAGUGCAAGAGGCUGUUUCGGACCAAGAGCGCGCUCAAGGUGCACCGCAUGAAGCACACGGGUGAGCGGCCGUUUGCGUGCCGACUGUGCGGCAAGUCUUUCGUGGACAAGUACUACCUGGACGAGCACAGUCGCAUCCACUCUGGGGAGAAGCCCUUCCUCUGCUCCUUCUGCAGCAGGUCGUUUGUGCGCAAGAAGGACCUCUCGGUCCACGUGAGGAGCCACACCGGCGACAAGCCGUUCCGGUGCGGCUCCUGUCCCAAGGCCUUCGCCGUCAAGUCCCGCCUGGAGCGCCACGCGCGCACUCACACGGGCGAGAAGCCGCACGCGUGCGAGGUGUGCGGCAAGCUGUUCGCGCGGCGCGACGACUACAAGGUGCACGCCCGCCAGCACACGGGGGAGAAGCCGUUCCAGUGCGGCCACUGCAGCAAGGCGUUCACCAGCCACUCCAACUGCCUGAGCCAUGCGCGCACGCACACGGGAGAGAGCGUGCGGCACGCGUGCUGGGCCUGCGACAGCAUGUUCGACCGGCGCGCCAAGCUGGAGCGGCACGUGAAGGAGUGCCACGAGGGAGCGCCCCCGCCGGAGUCCCUGUACGCCGUCCCCGUGGCUCACGGCGACCCCACCACGUACGUCAGCCUCGCUCCAGACACACACGUCAACGUCGUCACGUAGGUCGCCUCGCCUGGUCUGUAGUCUCUGUUGUCGCAGUAAACUGUCAUGGAGAUGCCCACAUCAACAUAUUGAGGAUUUUUACUGUGAGUUUUAAUGGCUACGUAUCGAGAAGAGCCACCAUGUUGAAGGAAGAUGUGACAGCAAGAACUAUAAAUUAAAAAAAAUUGUUUCGUCAAAAAUGCUGAUGUUUAAAAAUUUGAAGUACAUUCAUUAAGCUGUAAUUACGGUAGUAACUAAAAAUGCUAGUAGAUUCAAGUGAACUAGAAUUUUCCCGCAGAAACAAGUUUUGAUUAAAGUUAUAUGUUUUCAGAGUCACUUUCAUAAGGGAAGUAUGAUGCUUUUAUUUGGGAAAAAAGGUUGGUUGUUUAAACACUUUCAUCUUGUUUUAUGACUGUCUUUUAGUGAGCACAAGCCAAUUUGCAAUCUCAGUUUCAUGUUAAUCUCAAUUUAAUUAGCAAUUAAAAUUAUUUGUUAAGAGAGUCACUGAGUAAAUUUUAACUUUCUGCAAUCCUAAUCUAAAAUAUUUUUAAGCAUUGUUUACUUAAAGACAGAAUGCAAAUAUACACUUGUUUUUAUCAUUGCAUCUCGUCAUUAAAAAUCACAACUUACUUAAAAGUAGCAUAUAAACUUGUGUUUAUAACUCUUGUGAAUACGGAUAUAACAAUUGUUUUUUCAUAAUGCAUUCCUGUGUAUUUACUAUAAUAGAACAAGAAUAUUUUAAUAAAGACAGUAGCAAAA